CUCGGCGGCUUGGAGCUCAGUAGAACCCACCGGAGCUCGCCCACCGCUGCAGCCCCGGGAAAAGCGUCUCUCCGACCACAGCUAGCAAUUUCCAUGUGUCUACAGCAAACACAAGAGUAAACGAUCCACGUAUAUUGUUUCACACCCACGUCUUUUAACCUUUUCCGUAUAAAUUUCACGGCUGAGGUCACGUAAACGACAUGGCGACCUCCAGCUCCUGUGUUGUUAUCAGCGAUGAGGAGCAGGGGUAUGACCUCGACCUCUUCUGCAUACCAAAGCACUACGCCGGGGACCUGGAGAGAGUCUACAUCCCACAUGGACUCAUACUCGACAGGACGGAGCGGUUGGCACGUGAAAUCAUGAAGGAGAUGGGCGGGCACCACAUCGUCGCCCUGUGUGUGCUUAAAGGAGGGUACAAAUUCUUUGCUGACCUGCUCGACUACAUCAAGGCCCUGAACCGAAACAGCGACCGCUCAAUCCCCAUGACGGUGGACUUCAUACGCCUCAAGAGCUACUAUAAUGACCAGUCAACAGGUGAAAUAAAAGUAAUCGGUGGAGAUGAUCUUUCAACGUUGACUGGAAAAAAUGUUUUGAUUGUAGAGGAUAUCAUUGACACAGGAAAGACAAUGAAGACGUUACUUCAGCUUCUUAAACAGUACAAUCCUAAAAUGGUUAAAGUAGCAAGUUUGUUAGUAAAGAGGACGCCGAGAAGUGUUGGCUACAGACCCGACUAUGUUGGAUUUGAAGUCCCAGACAAAUUUGUGGUGGGAUAUGCACUUGACUACAACGAGUACUUUAGAGAUUUAAAUCAUAUCUGUGUAAUUAGUGAUACGGGGAAGGAGAAGUAUAAGGCAUAGAAGACCACACCAGUUUUACAAUAUUUUCUUUUGCAGCUAUUUUAUUUUAUGACUGUACUUUUCCGUUAAUACACCUUUAAUUGUUUUUUUAUCCACUAAGAUUUAGACACAACUGUUUAGCUCUGGCACCAUCACGGAAAGGUUUAAAUGCAUGAGACAUCAUCUUGGCCCUGGAUUUAACAAUGCUUUUAUCGCCCCAACAUAAUGAUUUCUAAUAAUUUGAUAAUUUAUUAAGCUUAAAGCUGCUAUGUUAAAGGUGCACUGUGUAACUUUUCUGGUGGAGGGUCUCCGUCACCUGCUUCUCUCCAUCGAUAUAUUGCCUGGAAUGUUCCACAGUAUGGCAUUACAUUUAUUUAUCUCUACAGAAAUAGCAGAUGACGCCAUAGGGCCAAGUUACAUGUCAGAUCUGUGGAGAGGCCAGCCCACUCACAUUUUAAGUCAAUAAAAACCCAUGUUAUUGAGUAAAUGCGAGGUGAAUACGUUAAUUGCCAUAUCGGGACAUUCCUGACUAAGCAACAACAUCUCUAUGGAGACAAGCAGAUGGCAGACAUUCCACCUGAAAAGUUACACAGUGCACCUUUAUAGAAGCAUAUCAAAAGACUUUUAAUAUUGAUUUUAUUGUUAAUUAUUCGUUUGUAUCCAUCAAAAAGCAGGGUACUCUUUAUGUAUAUUUUGUGACUAAGAACCUUUACAUAUUGUGUAAUUAAUUAAUUUUUUUCAUGCUAAGUUGUAAAAGUGAGACAAAUCUUUGGUGCUGUCCCUCAUAAAAGACUAUUUUGUGUUAUACAUUCAUUACAAUACAAGUUCACAUGUAUAUUAAACUUUAUUAUAGUUUUGCUGCUUUUCAAAUGUUGCUGGUCAGAUAUUCUCAUUUAAGACAAGGGUUCCACUGCUGUACACUGUCACUGUUGAAAUAUUACGUGAAACCAAACAUUAAAUCUAUACACCA